CUUUAGGAUCAUCUAGGCUGGCGUAACGCAACUACGCAAUAACGCUGUUAUUUAGGCUGGCGUAACCGGAAGUCCACAAUAGAAAGAAAACACUGCUGUUGUAGGUUUUCGUCGUGCACGGUCAGCCUUUUAACUAAGGAUAGCACAAAAGACAGUCAUGGAGGGCUCCAAGUCCUCCACCAGCACCACGCAGGUAAGCUUCGUGUGUCAGCGCUGCAGUCAACCCCUCAAGCUGGACACCUCCUUCAACGUGCUGGACAAGGUCACCAUCCACGAACUCAUAGCUCCACUGGUUACUGUCACGCCGAGCAAACAGACUGACAACAGUGGAGGUGAGAGUGCACCAGAGGAGACGUUCGUGGAGAGCAAACAAGAUGGAGUCUCAAGAAAGUACAUCCCCCCAGCCAGGAUGAUGUCUACUGAGAGUGCCAACAGCUUCACUCUGAUUGGUGAGGCAUCAGAUGGGGGCACCAUGGAGAACCUGAGCCGAAGGUUAAAGGUAACGAGCGAUCUUUUUGACAUCAUGUCGGGGCAGACGGACGUGGACCAUCCACUGUGUGAGGAGUGCACAGACACUCUGCUGGACCACCUGGACACACAGCUCAACAUCACAGAGAACGAGUGCCAGAACUACAAGAGUUGUCUGGAGCUGCUGUCUCAGCUGGAGGAGGAGGAGGAGGAGUCCCUGCUGGCCGAGCUGCAGGCGCUGAGUGUGGAUGAAGAGGCGCUGAUCCAGGAGCUGGAGGCCAUCGAGCUGCAGAGGGAGGCGGUCGCCACAGAGCUGGACCAGGGCCGCGCCCACUCACAGCAGCUGGACAGCGAGGAGCUGCAGUACCAGAAAGAGUACUGCGAGUUCAAGCGUCAGCAGCUUGAGCUGGACGAUGAGCUGAAGAGUGUUGAUAAUCAGAUGCGCUACUGUCAGAUCCAGCUGGACCGCCUCAAGAAGACCAACGUCUUCAACGCCACCUUUCACAUCUGGCACAGUGGGCAGUUCGGGACCAUAAAUAACUUUCGUCUGGGUCGCCUACCAAGUGUUCCGGUGGAGUGGAACGAGAUCAACGCUGCCUGGGGUCAAACAGUACUGCUGCUCCACGCUCUCGCCAACAAGAUGGGGCUACGCUUCCAGAGGUAUCGCCUGGUGCCAUAUGGGAACCACUCCUACCUGGAGUCCCUCACAGACAAGUCUAAGGAGCUGCCGCUGUACUGCUCAGGAGGCUUGCGCUUCUUCUGGGACAAUAAGUUUGAUCACGCCAUGGUGGCCUUCCUGGACUGUGUGCAGCAGUUUAAAGAGGAGGUGGAGAGAGGAGACACAGGCUUCUGCCUCCCAUACAGGAUGGACGUGGAGAAGGGGAAGAUCGAGGACACGGGUGGAAGCGGCGGCUCCUACUCCAUCAAGACCCAGUUCAACUCGGAGGAGCAGUGGACCAAAGCACUCAAGUUCAUGCUCACCAACCUCAAGUGGGGGCUCGCCUGGGUGUCCUCUCAGUUCUACAAUCGCUAGAACAACCUGCUUCCCACUGCCCGUGUGUGUGUGUGUGUAUGUGUGUGCGUGUGUGUGCUUGGACCUUUGAGCUCACCCCGGUCACUUAAGUGUUAUGGUCCAGCGCCGGCGACCCAGAGUGUGUGUGUGUGUGUGUGUGUGUGUGCAUGAGACAGCAAGUUAACCACUCAGUAUAAUUUGCCUAAAACUGUUUCAGUUAACCUACACACCUGGACUGAGGUAUCUUUGCUGGUUUGACAAAUGGACUCUGCCAAACAUGUUGGAAUGUCCCAGGAAGUGGUUGGUUGGAUAGACCCCACCCCCUUUCCUCAGCGGCUCUCAAUGAGCGUUUUUCCCCUGAACACGACGCUGUUAAACAGCCCAGCGAUGGUGAUGUGUUAGUAGCGAUCGCCAUGGUUACUGUCAAACGAUGCCUUUGGGGAAAGGCACUGCAGAUAUGAUGUGUGAUGGAACCGGUCCGUACAGGAGACUACCCCACAACCGGUCCGUACAGGAGACUACCCCAGAACCGUACAGGAGACGGCCCCACAACCAGUCCAUCACUUCACAGAGGAAGGAGCUGGUACACAUCGCAGCGCUGUCUCCCAUCAGGAUGGAGCUGUCCCUCAUCUGCAGUGUCAUUCCAUUAAUUACCAACAACAGUGCAGUGUCAUUUCAUUAAUUACUAACACAUGGUUGGUUUGGGUGGGAAUUGGAAUAGACACAUUGUGACUCGGACCGGACCUGUUUCUGAAAACUGAUGUUUUGCUGUACCAUAAAAUGCUACUCUGUUCAAUUAAAGUUGGUUAAACCGA